UAUGCUAAAAAAACGUUUCAAAUGAUGCCGUAUCUGUCUCGGCCUCACAAAGAGGAUAUCCUUUUUAUUUACACAUUCUUCUUCUUCAGAUUCCCUCUCUCUCACUCCCACAAAGAAAGAGAAAAAUAAAAAUCUCAUCUUUUGCUUCUGAUGUUGUCCUGUUUUAAUCGGUCUUAAGACACCCAACAAUUAUUAAUUUAAACUACUCCUGUAGAGAAAGGAAUAAUAAAACGAUGAACCUUUCUUCUCUCUCUAUAAAUCUCUCUCCAAAUAAUUCUCCUUUUCUUCCUAGCACGACCACAAACACUUGUUCUUCUUCUUCUUCCUCCUCUGCAACCACUUGUUGUUCUUUUGCUAGCUCCCCUGUUUCCCUCGUCGUUUCUUCUCCUCGGAGAUCAUCCAUUAGCUUGAUUCGCAAGAAAAGUUCCGGACUUGAGGUGGUUUCUGCUUCUUCUGGGUCCAACGAUAUGACUAUUACUGAAGCUAGAGGGGAAGGUGAGGAAUCGGAGAUCGAGGCUCCACUUCUCGAUCCUGAAUCCUACUCCAAGCCCAGGAGAAUUGCUCUCUUUGUCGAGCCUUCUCCCUUUGCAUAUGUGUCAGGAUACAAAAACAGAUUCCAGAACUUCAUUAGGUAUCUACGUGAAAUGGGUGACGAGGUUAUUGUCGUGACGACACAUGAAGGUGUUCCAGAAGAGUUCUAUGGAGCCAAAGUCAUUGGAUCAAGAAGCUUCCCUUGCCCUUACUACCAAAAGGUUCCCCUCUCGCUUGCCCUUAGUCCAAGAAUUAUCUCCGAAAUUGCUCGUUUUAAGCCUGACAUUAUACACGCUUCUUCUCCUGGGAUUAUGGUUUUUGGUGCGCUGGCAAUAGCAAAGAUGCUAUCUGUACCAAUAGUAAUGUCUUACCACACCCACGUCCCUGUAUAUAUCCCAAGAUACACUUUUAGUUGGUUGGUCCAACCAAUGUGGUCCAUUAUAAGAUUUCUUCACCGAGCGGCUGAUCUUACAUUAGUUCCUUCCGCUGCCAUUGGGAAAGAUCUUAUAGCAGCUGGUGCAACUGCGGCUAAUCAACUUCGACUCUGGAAUAAGGGUGUGGAUUCAGAAAGCUUCAAUCCCCGUUUCCGUUCCCAAGAAAUGCGUAUAAGACUAAGUAAUGGUGAGCCAGAAAAGCCUCUAGUGAUCCAUGUAGGCCGUAUUGGCGUAGAAAAGAGUUUGGAGCUUCUAAAAAGUGUAAUGGACAAAUUGCCUGAAGCUCGGAUUGCUUUCAUUGGAGAUGGACCAUACAGAGAGGAUCUUGAGAAGCUGUUCGCCGGAAUGCCAGCGGUUUUCACUGGAAUGCUACAAGGGGAGGAACUCUCGCAAGCUUACGCAAGCGGUGAUGUGUUUGUGAUGCCAUCAGAGUCAGAGACGCUUGGUCUUGUGGUUCUUGAGGCAAUGGCUUCAGGACUUCCUGUUGUUGCUGCUCGAGCUGGUGGAAUCCCUGAUAUCAUCCCUGAAGAACAGGAGGGAAAGACAGGGUUUUUGUUCAGCCCUGGAGAUGUGGAAGACUGUGUGACGAAGCUGAGAACUCUAUUGCACGACAGUGAAACAAGAGAAAUCAUUGGAAAGGCGGCAAGAGAAGAGACGGAGAAGUAUGACUGGAGAGCAGCAACGACGAAGAUACGCAAUGAACAGUACGGAGCAGCGAUAUGGUUCUGGAGGAAGAAGAAAGCUGAGGUUUUGGGACCAAUCAAUUGGUUGUUUAAACGACUCUUUCCUGUGCCGCCGGAAGUUAACGCUUAGGAGAAGCAAUCAAAGUGAAAUUUGGUUGAAAUGUUACUUUGGUUAAUGGUGUUUUAUCUUUUGUAUACUUGGAUUGCUUAUGUGCUUAUGGUAAGCUUGAUGUUGUAAGAUAUGUCUUUUAUGUCUGGUCUAGUGGACUUUUGCCUUUAGGGUUUCAAUAUUUUCAGAUCACCUACUUUGUGUGUGUGUUUGUAUAAAAAAAUGAUUAGCAAGCUUGUUCAAUGUUUUUAUGUCUUGCUGCUUUGU